AAAAUAUCAUGUUACCUAAACUUAAAUCAAGUAAUGUAAUUGAUAAACAGUGCAGUGUUUGAUUUAAAGAAAAGAAUAGUACUACUGGUAGCUGAAUUUCUUCUUAUUUCUGACAAAAUGGCCUUUAAAUUAGAGGAUAUUCCAAUAAUAAAUCUUGGACAAUUUUUGCUUGGGUAUAUGAAGCAGCAUGAUGGCAGUAAAGUGGCAAUAGUUGAUGGUGCAACUGAGGAAAGUUUUACAUAUGCCGAUAUAAUAGACAGGACAGAAAAAACAGCAGCUGGACUUCAGAAAUUUGGAGUUAAGAAAGAUGAUGUCAUAGCUGUUGUGUCACCAAAUUGUCCGGACUACUUGAUUUCUUUCUAUGCCUCUGCUCUGAUAUCUGCUACUUUUCAACCUGUGAACCCUCUGUUCACUACAGAUGAUUUGAAGAAAGUGUUUGAACAGUGUAACACGAAGUAUGUGAUCACUAUACCAGAACUACUUCCAAAAGUGUCAGCUGCCAUUGAAAAUCUCAGUACCGCUGAUGCUCUAAAGGUGAUUGUUUUUGGUGAUGUAGAGGCUGCAGGGGGUCAUGUGACAUUCCAGUCCUUGAUAGAAUCUUCUGAUGGACAGUAUACAACCCCUUCUGGUGAUCCAAAAAAAGAUGUUGUGGCCUUUAUGUCAUCUUCAGGGACAACAGGGUUCCCAAAGGCUGUAAUGGUUUCACACUAUGCUACAGUAGCAAACACAUUGAUAAUGAAUACUGAACCAGUGAUUCCAAAAGAUGAUCACCUGGUUAUGUUUCUUCCACUGUUCCACAUGUAUGGACUUUAUGUGUGUGGAUUGUACAGCCAUUUUUUAGGGGCAACUCUUGUUAUCAUGAGGAAGUUUACACCUGAUGAUUAUCUCAGAUUGAUAGAAAAAUACAAGCCAACCACCAUACAGACUGUACCACCUAUAAUGGUAAUGUUUGCUAAGUAUCCAAAAGUGUCAGAGUAUGAUUUAUCCUCGGUGAAGGGUGCAGUUUGCGGUGCUGCCCCACUUAGCAAGGAAAUAGAAGAUGUUGUAAAAACCAAGCUGAAACUACCCUGUAUUAACCAAGGAUAUGGAAUGACAGAAAUUGGUGUAACACAUGUAAAUGGGAAGGACACAUUUAAAUACAAAUCAGUGGGAAAACUCCUUCCUUUGGUGGAGAUUAAGAUAGUAGAUGUAGACACAGGCAAGGCUUGUGGUGUAAACCAGGAAGGUGAAAUUUGGAUCAGAGGACCUCAGGUGUGCCUUGGCUAUCUCAAUGCACCAGAAGAAACUAAAAACUUCUUCACAGAAGAUGGUUGGGCCAAAACUGGUGAUAUUGGCUGUGAGGAUGAAGAUGGUUAUUUGUUCAUUGUCGACAGACUAAAGGAACUGAUCAAAUAUAAAGGUUUUCAAGUAGCACCAGCAUCACUAGAAGAUGUUUUGCUGCGUCAUGACGCUGUUGCUGAUACUGGUGUUGUCGGUUUACCUGACGAAGAUGCUGGAGAGCUGCCAAGGGCUUAUGUUGUGAAGAAAGCAGGAAAAGAAGUUACUGAAGAGGAACUUGUUGAAUUUGUCAAUGGUCUAGUUGCCCCACACAUGAAACUCAGAGGAGGUGUAGAGUUUGUCACAGAAAUACCAAGAACACUCUCUGGAAAAAUAUUACGUAAAACAUUGAGAGAGAAAGCAAAAGCAUAUAGAGGACAGAAGCCAGCUUCAUAAAUCCAGAAAUCGGUAUAUAAAAAGGAAAAUAUAUUUGGAAUUACAAAAAAAUGUAUAGUAUGGAAAAAUAAUACUUGAUACCUUUAUAUGUAUGACUAGUAUUUUAGGAAUUAUGUUUUAUACAAAUGAGAUUACAGUAAAUGAGUUGAAUGGUA